AUGGUCCGUGUCGCUAAAGAUUCCUUCCACAGGCUCGAGCAAGCGUAUGCGAACUUGAACGAGGACCGACUGAAGAGAGCCGAGGCGGAGAUGCGGGAGACAAGGACCACGUCGGACCCUGACAUAUCGGUCUUGCUUCGCGAGCUGUCGAUUUUUGGCCACGCACAGCCGCUCUCGAACGAAUCCCGUUUGCUUAUGCGGAGGAAGAUACAAGCUGUUAACAUUUGGGCCGGUAUGCCUGCAGUUUGGAUUACCAUCAGUCCCAACGACAUUAAUAAUCCGAUAAAGAUGAAGCUUGCCAUUCAUAGGCUGCACGAUUAUGACUCUGCAAAGGAGCUUUUGGCCGAUCUCCGUGAAAAGUACGACAGAAUCGCCCUCAGCACCAUGGAUCCGGUCAGCUCGGCCAUCUUCUUCCACCGAGAAAUAUCCCUAUUCUUUGACAAAUACGUGAAUACAGGCCGGGAAUCGAUCUUUGGGAAGAUUAGCCACUACUACGCCACGGUGGAGACGAAUGAGCGAGGCAGCCUCCACUUGCAUGGACUCCUCUGGCUGGAGGGCAACAUGCGGUUACCGAACCUGAUGGACGACAUGGCCAAUCCCGGAAGAAGCAUACCGUGCCCAGGUGAUCCGAGGAAGCCCAUCGAUCCCGUGGAGGAGGUCAUGACCAGCACCUCGGCUCUCACUGCGGCCUUCGAAGACGAAUCCAACUUCAUCGCGGGCAGAUCAACAGAGACGGACAGCCUGCCGCUUCAAGGCACCGUGGAAGAUCGUCGAGGAGACAGGGUUCACAGAGGAUGGCAGCAGGCAGUGUUGAACGAGAGCCGUCAAUUCCUGAUGAGAACGGCAAAUCGGAUCUUCUCCGAGCGACAACUCUCGGCCGUAGAGGUCUGUUACCACCUCCUUGGAUAUGAUACCGACUUUACCAACGUGCCGCAUUGGUCUUUCCUGAACCUGACGGCGCUCUAUUGGGCAAUCUUUCGGCUAUGGUCACAUCUCCGCCAUCAGGCCGGCGAGCUGACGGACGCUGAACAGCCCGCGGAGACAAUCCGUCUGAGGCAAGGAGGGCGAACCCUUCUAUACCUAGACGCGUAUGCGUACCGGGGCCAUGUUCUACGAGACUUAUGCCUGUAUGACUACAUGUCAAUGAUUCAUUUGGAUUCCGACUGUGACGACUGGAUCCAAAAGCUUCGACGGCCCGACCAGUACGCCAUCCCGAUCUUCCAAGGAUACAUCAGCGACGACCAUGAGGACGAUCACCCAGUCUAUAUUAAGCGAAAUUCGGUCCUACACUUGGCGCUAUUCGUCCCUUGGGAGAAGUUUAUUUCUGAGAGCCAAGGCGACAUAACCGACAUAUGGACGACGCAUCGAUCGGGGCUUUGUCCCCGCCUCCGUUUCCAUGUCUCCAACAUUGGUCUUUUGAGAAAAUCUGCCGAAGACGCGCGCAAGGACGCGAAGCUCUGGGCCAGUCGGUCGGAGGGCGACGACACAAUUGACGUCGAGUACCCACUUGACGACGGCCGCGAUGAAGAAGAGCCUCCAGCGCUGGCUCAUCGUCAGGCCUACAAAGCUCUGCUCCAGAUUUUGCGAAAUGCCGUGCAGGAUACGGACGCCACAAAGACUCACCCGUCCUUGGAGGUCUAA